CAAAAGAUGAACUUGUCGAAGGAAGAUGCACUUUUUGUUGUCGACUGUUGAAGACGAGCCGAGAUGGUGUCUUGUUCGACUGACCUUCAAUUGUGGGCGCACUCGAGGCCACGGCGAGGCAUCGCCCCCUGGUGGAGCCAAGACCCAAUCGUCGUCUUUAUCACAGAAAACCGACGCCACUUGUUCAUCAGCUGAUGCGCCACAGCCGCGUGUGCGUGUGCGCGUGGACGCGUACUUAAAAUUGAAGGCCGGCGCGCGCUCAUGGUCGCGCCCACCGGUCCUCGUCAUGCCUCCGCUGGAGAGGAGCCAGCAGCUGCACAGCAAACCCUUCAAGCAGAGGAAAAGCUUCGCCACCAGGAAGCAAGAAGUGGCGGGAAUACGCUCAAAAUUCCCCAACAAGAUCCCGGUGAUCAUCGAGCGCUACGAGCGGGAAAAGUUUCUCCCUCCUUUGGACAAAACAAAGUUUCUUGUUCCACAUGAGCUCACCAUGAACCAAUUUGUCACCAUCAUCAGGAACCGCAUGGCGCUGCUGCCCACGCAAGCUUUCUACCUGCUGGUGAACAACAGCGGGCUGGCCAGCAUGACACUGAGCAUGGCUCAGGUCUACGAGGACCACCAGGAUGACGACGGUUUCCUCUACAUGACUUACGCCUCCCAGGAGAUGUUUGGACACAUUUAGCACAGUCGCAACAACCACCCCCCCGCGUGUCAGUGUGUAUACAAAGAACGUUUUGUGUAUUUUAAUAAAUAAAUCUUAUGUAUAUGUCA